UUCGGGCUUGGGAUGGUUUGAAGGGGGAGACCCUGGGCCCAGGACGGACGGGAUGUGAAUCCCGAUUCUUCGAAAGCAUAAGUAAACAGCAACGUCAACCUCCGUAGUCUCGAUUCAGACAAUAGAAACUACUAAUUUGGACCUCACUUCGCCCGAUAUCAUCUUCCAACGCUUCCCAACCAGCCUACUCAGCGCAGCCAUGAAGGUCGCACUUCUCGGUGCAACCGGAGAGACCGGGACGUCCAUCCUAAACGGCCUGCUCGCCUCAACGGAUCCAAAAUAUGUCAGACUGAUCCGCCGCAGUUCCGGUCAGGAGAUCACGGCCCUCAUCCGGCCGAGCUCGCUCCAGAAGCCCGAAGUCCAUGCUUUGGAGAAGAGGGGCGUCAGGAUCGCCUCGGUCGACCUCGACGGCCCUGAAGAAGAGAUCACGAAACAGCUCACAGGGCACGAAGUAGUUAUCUCGGCCAUUGUCGCGGAAGGCAUCAUGGACCAGAUCCCCCUCGCCAAUGCCGCCAAGACGGCCGGCGUCCCGCGGUUCGUGCCGUGUUUCUUCGGCACGGUGAUGCCGGCCCGAGGGAUGCUGUGGCUCAGGGACAAAAAAGAGAAUGUGCUGAACCAUGUCCAAACCUUGUAUCUGCCCUACACCGUCAUCGACGUCGGCUGGUGGUACCAGAUUAGCCUGCCGCGCCUCCCCUCGGGCAAGAUCAACGCGGUCGCCAGUCCCUUUCCGGAUUGGAUCGCGGGCGACGGGACUGUGCUGUCCGGUAUGACCGACCUACGAGACAUUGGCAAGUACGUCGCGCGGAUCAUCGCGGAUCCUCGCACCCUAAACCAAAAGGUCUUCGCGUACACCGAGCUGCUGUCCCAGAACGACGUCUACGGGCUCAUCGAGAGGUUGAGCGGGGAGAGGGUCGAGAGAGAAUACUGGUCGGCAGAGGACAUCGAGUCUCGGCUGGACGAGGCCAAAAACGACAAGGCCAACAUCCACAAGCUCUCGGUGUUGCAGUAUCGCAAGUCGUGGGGUCUCCGCGGCGACAACACGCCCGAGUACGCCCGCUACCUGGGUUAUCAGAUCGGCAAAGACCUCUAUCCCGACCUGGUGGGAAAUUCGUUUGAGAACUUUUGCAAGGAGGCGUUGGAGUAUAAGGUGAAGCCCAUUUAUGAGAAGAAAAGGCAGGAGGCCAUCGCGGCUGCUGCGGCUGCUGCGGCUGCUGCAGCAAAGAACUCGGUUGCGGAGAACUAG